AUGGAGAACAAGGGGGACAAAACUACUGAAUUAUCUGAUGGUCAUGAGCCUGAAGCCAUCAACUACAGAGGAAUUAAAGCCAUGCCUUUCAUCAUUGGAAAUGAGACCUUCGAGAAGAUUGGCACCAUGGGGACUAUAUCAAACUUGCUGGUGUAUCUAACGAGUGUGUUCAACAUGAAGAGCAUCACGGCUGCAACGCUUAUCAAUGUCUUCCAGGGCACCUCAAACAUGGCUCCUUUGCUUGGUGCUUUCCUCUCUGACACUUACUUUGGACGUUACAAAACCCUGGCCUUUGCUUCCACUGCCUCUUUCUUGGGAAUGGCUGUUUUAACACUAACAGCGGCAAUCUCCAAAUUCCACCCUCCGAAAUGUUCAACGUCAGAUAUCAGCACAUGUGUUGGACCAACAACCUGGGAAUUAGCCUUCCUAUUAAGUGGUUUCGGCUUCUUAGUCAUUGGAGCUGGAGGCAUCAGGCCUUGUAACUUGGCCUUCGGAGCAGACCAGUUUAAUCCUGCUACCGAAUCCGGUCAGAAAGGUAUCAACAGUUUUUUCAAUUGGUACUACUUCACCUUCACAUUUGCUGUCAUGGUAUCUGCAACUCUUAUUGUCUACAUUCAAACAAGUGUGAGUUGGGCAAUUGGGCUAGGAAUUCCUGCAGGCUUAAUGUUCUUUUCGUGUAUGCUAUUCUUCUUGGGAUCAAGCCUUUAUGUCAAAGUGAAACCUGAGGGUAGCCCUUUAACUAGUGUGGCACAAGUUCUAGUUGCUGCCACAAAGAAGCGAAAGUUGAAGCUGCCUGAUGAACCCAGCCUCUCCCUUUUUAACUAUAUGCCAUACAAUUCAAUCAACUCCAAGCUUCCCCACACCGAUCAAUUCAGAUUGCUUGACAAGUCAGCGAUAAUGAUUCCUGGGGACCAAAUAAAUUCCGAUGGGGCAGCAGUCAACCAAUGGAAACUUUGCAGCAUCCAACAAGUGGAAGAAGUAAAAUGUUUGGUGAGAGUGAUGCCAAUAUGGGCAUCAUCCAUUAUUUUUCUUACUGCUAUUAUCCAACAAGACACCUAUGCAGUUUUCCAAGCACUUCAAUCUGACAGAAGGCUCGGCAAUGGCGGCUUCACGGUACCUGCUGCAUCUUACGCAAUCUUUGCAAUGCUAAGCCUCACAUUGUCGAUUCCUAUAUAUGACCGUCUGAUGGUUCCUUCUCUUCGGAAACUCACUGGCAAACAAGGUGGGAUAACAUUGCUACAAAGAAUGGGAAUUGGGAAUCUUUUAUCACUUAUCACAAUGCUCGUCUCUGGUUUAGUUGAGGAGCAUAGGAGGAAUCUGGCUCUUACUAGGCCAACACUUGGAAUUGCGCCAAAAGGGGGUGCAAUAUCAUCUAUGUCUGCAUUGUGGCUAGUCCCUCAGCUGCUUCUCACAGGAAUUUGUCAGUGUUUCGGUUGCAUUGGUCAUAUUGAAUUUUACUACAAGCAAUUCCCUGAGAACAUGAGAAGCAUUGCUGGUUCUUUCUUCUUCUUAGGCCUUGCCGGGUCUAGUUACCUAAAUGGCUUUCUUGUGUCCUUUAUGCACCAUAUCACUGCAAGAACCAAAGCUGGGGACUGGUUACCUGAAGAUCUUAACAAAGGGAAAUUGGAUUACUACUAUUUCUUGAUUGCUUCUUUAGGGUUCAUCAACUUUAUUUACUUCUUAGUCUGUGCAAAGUGGUACAGAUACAAAGCUGAUGAUGGAAAAAAGCAGACCGAAAAAAUUAUUGUCUGAAAAGACAAGAUUUUACUGCC